CUGCCAAUCAUCUUAAGUGUCGCAAAAUAAGUGAAGAUAAAUACGUUUUAUAUAAGGAUCCCGAAUAUAAAUAAGCUAAUCAAAUACCUUAAAAUAACAACAUGUUACGCAAUGUAACGUUGCUCCUGUUAGCCAUAGCUCAUAUUUCUUGUCAAGUAACAAAGAAUGUUCGACAAGAUGUCAGAAAAUUUCCAGAUGGGUUUUUAUUCGGAUCGGCUACUGCAUCUUAUCAGAUAGAAGGAGCUUGGGACGAAGACGGCAAAACCGCCAGCAUCUGGGACGAGUUGACUCAUAAUGAUCCUUGUGCGAUUAGAGACUGUUCCAAUGGAGACAUAGCUGACGACUCAUACCAUUUAUACAAAAGAGAUGUCGAAAUCAUGCGAGAGUUAGGAUUGGAUUUCUAUAGAUUUUCAAUCUCAUGGCCGCGGCUGCUGCCCUCAAGUUUCCCUGAUAACAUCAAUCAGGCAGCCGUGGAUUAUUACAAUAACAUAAUUAAUGAAAUGCUAAAGUACAAUAUUCAGCCAAUGGUGACUUUGUAUCAUUGGGACUUGCCGCAGAAGCUACAAGACCUUGGCGGGUGGGCAAACCCAAAUAUAGUAGACUGGUUUGGUGACUAUGCUCGUGUGGCAUUUCAAAUGUUUGGCGAUAGAGUUCAAUAUUGGAUGACGAUUAACGAGCCAUAUCAAAUUUGCUACGAGGGUUACGGUGACGACUAUAAAGCACCCAGAGUGAACAUUAAAGGAAUAGCCGACUACAUGUGUGCUAAAAACUUAUUAUUGGCUCACUCAAAAGCUUAUCAUAUUUACGACCAAGAAUUCAGACCAUCCCAAGGAGGUUCAAUAUUCAUAGUUUAUAGCGCAACAUGGCACGAGCCCGCCACAGACUCUGAGAACGACAUCCAAGCUGCCGAGGAAGCCAAUCAGUUUACGUGGGGAGUCUAUGUUCAUCCUAUAUUCGGUAGCGGCGAUUAUCCACCAAUCGUAAAAGAAAGAAUAGCGCGGAAGAGCGCCCAACAAGGCUUCUCCAGGUCUAGACUGCUGGAAUUAUCACCCGAGGAAGUAGAAUACAUCAGAGGAACUUCAGACUUGUUCGCUUUGAAUCACUACACCACCCGUCUCACAUACAGGAACGAAUCUGUUCCAGGGAGUUUCGAAAUACCUUCUUUUGAAGAUGAUAUGGAGGUCAUUAGGUAUUUUUUGGACGAAUGGCAAAUAGGAGAAUCCACAAUGGUGAAGUCGGUGCCAUGGGGCUUUUACAAACUGUUGACAAAGAUAAGGGAAGACUACAACAACCCCACAAUCAUAAUUACAGAGAAUGGAAUGUCCACGUCCGCAGGGUUGGUUGACGAAGACAGAGUGAUCAACUAUAAAAGAUAUUUAAAUGCUCUAUUAGAUGCCAUCGAAGACGGCUCUGACAUAAGGGCGUAUACUGCGUGGAGUAUGUUGGACAAUUUCGAGUGGAGAUUUGGUUAUACUGAGCGGUUUGGCCUAUAUGAAGUGGACUACGAAAGCCCGGAGCGCACGCGUACGCCACGUAAAUCCGCGUUUCUGUACAAAGAGAUCCUACGAACGCGAACUUUGGAUAUGAACUACGAGCCAGACACAGACGUUAUGGUCAUCGACGUAGGACAUUGAUUGUGUAUUGUAUUGUUUGUCCAUUAUAGAUCCGUGCGGUCUGAUAAAUACAAAAUGAAAGUCUUGUAAAGUUAAAAAUACAAAUAAUAAAACAUAAAUAAUUGUAAAGUCAAUCAAAAAUGCCACCCCGAAUUGUACCCGGUUCAAAAGUACCCAUAACGCUAGCUGCGUUUCCUUGUUGGAUAGCAAUUGAUAGCCUUUGAACCAAGUACCAUCCGCAGUGGUAGUCAUAUCCACGACAAAUACAAAAUUAUUUUAUUUGAUACUUAUUUAUGGUGACUUGUACUUAUUGUAUUGUUUAUUUCAUGUGCGUAUCUAGAGAUAUUGUCAUAUUUGCCGCAGCUGAUGUUUGCCAUGAAUAUUUUUGGAAGUUUUCGAAUGAUGAACAUAAUUAAGUUAUAGCUAGGUAUAGGAAAAAGAGUUGGAUGGAGGAUAUAGUUUAAAAGGAAGUAAUUGAUCGGUUAACAUCCGAUCCGGUGUGCCGACCUUACAUAAUAGCUAUAACAUAAUGUAAGAAACAAUAAUCAGACCUUCUGGCAUGACCAACCAAUACUGUUGAUAUGAGAUAAAAUUAGUUUCUUUCAGUAUUUUGCACCAGUGAAACAGUUUUCGAAACAACGAAAUUCCAGUAGCUUGUACCUUUUUGAGAAAUUACUAUAUACAAGAAGUGCCUAAGUAGGUCUAAUCUGUAUGUUUUGACUUUGAGUUUAAACAGUGAUAUAACACGUAUACAUGAGUUUGCCCUGGACUGUUUGGGAAGAAACCGGGCAACACAAAUACUGGGCGUAAACCCAUCAAUAGACAUACCUGUUGAUCGUCGUGGUCGUGAUUCGUGGCGGCGGCGUCGGGCGGCGGCGUGUCGCGGAAGCGCGCGUCGCGGCGACACAGCGGCAGCGGCACGAACAGCGCGCGGCCCGGCGCGCACGAGAACACGCGCGCGCCGCCGCGGCUGCCGUCGCCCAGACCGCACACGCUCUCCUCCAGCUCCACGCCCGCAGUCAUCGUCUCUGGAUGUCGACAAUCGAAUGAGCCCCUAAUCGAGUGUGUUACCUAUUGCUUCAACUAAAACUAAAACUAGUAUCAAGUUUUUAUUUAAGCCGCCUGACAAUCCGAUAAACCUGAUGUUCAAAAUUAUGCUAUACUUACAUUAAACCAGUUUUAUUAUUAUUAUUAAUUCAUAAAAAAGUUAAAUAUAUUUUGUCACUUUAUAUAUUGGCCAUAGACAGACAAAACAUUCAAGUGUUUUACGUUUUUUUUGAAUGAAUGAAUGAAUGAA